AUGAAAAAAAAAAUCAAGACGUUUGAUCUUAUGUUUUUGUCCAUAUGUAACAUGGUUGGAAUAGGAGUUUUUAGUAUGGCCCACUAUAUUUUAUCACAGACGGGAACUUGUGUCUCUUCCAUCCUUCUAAUAGUUGCUUCGGCAGUAAUUGCAACAGUAUUUGGACUAUGUUACGCAGAACUUGGGGCAACCUAUCCAUAUCCGGGAGGAGACUUGAACUAUCUUGGAAGAGCAUAUUCAAAACAUGUAGGAACUAUUUAUUCCAUGGUUUCCAUACUACUGAUCCUACCACUGUCUUGUGCAGUUAUGUCGAUCAAGAUAUAUGAGUGUUUUGAGGACGACAUUGGAAGAGAUUGUUGCAUUGGCGUGGUAUUAGCUCUAUGCACUAUAUUUCUAUCCUUUGGAGGGAGACUAGUCACAUGGACAAUGAGGGCACUGUUUUUCCUCAAGGUUGCCACUGUUGUCUCUCUUUUGGGAAUUUCUUUGGUGUCGUUUACCGUAAUUAAGAAUUCUGCAAAUCCCGCAAUACUGGACGAAAGAAAUAAUACUGUGGAGAUAGACUCAACGUCAAUAGUUCAGGGACUGUGCUUUACGCAAUUUUCGUUUGACGGAUGGAACUGUGGAAACUACAUUGCAAACAGAAUACAUAACCCUGCAAAGACCUUUCCAAGGGCUAUAGUUGGAUCUAUAUGGGCUGUAGCUUUCAUUUACAUACUCAUAAGUUUAUCGAUGAUGUGUGUGGUACCAUACGACCACAUUAUUGGAAGCGUCUUUUUUAUCGACGAAUACUUCAAAGCAGUGGGAAUCCCAGUUACUCCUAGAAUUCUAUCGGUGAUAGUUACACUUAUCCCCACCUUUGGAUCUCUCAUAUGCUCAUUUAUUGUUGGUUCUGGGAUUAUCGAGUCUCUUAUUCCAGAGAAAUUCAACAAGAAGACGGAGGUGAUGUCACUUAUUGCUUUCUCUUUCAUUGUCUUUGGAUUUGCCAAGCUGGAGAGCAUAACCUGGAUGGUAAACAAGAUAGCAUUUGGAAUAUCUCUGUUUUAUUCUUUGUCAUGCAUAGGUCUUGUACUUCUCAAGCUGAAGUAUCCUUCUGAGGAAAGGCCCUUCAAUCUUCCACUUUCAGUCCCCUUAUUUGCAUCGCUAAUGGGAAUUUCUAUUUGUAGUUAUAUUAUCUGCUGUAGCUAG